AUCGAUAAGUCCGCGGUCACACUGUUUCUGCAUUGUCGAAUUUUUCCCGUUGGCCGUCGGUUACGCGGUGGCUGUUGCUAUUUUUUAAAACAAAUGUAAACUGAAGGCGCCUUUGAAUUUGAAUUAAAAUGUGUUCUAGUGCCAGUCGGCAUUAUUCAUAGAGUUUCUGUACCCUGACGCCGCUGUAAGUGGUUUAGAGCUGUGUUUGCGGGUUGUCUGUUUUUGUUUGUCUAUAAGAAAAUACGAACCUGAGUCGUCGCGUCGAUGAUACCGAAACGCAAAACGAAAGAAACCGAGAAUGCUGUCGAAAAAUUACAAGUAAUCGAAAAUAAGGCAUAAAAUAACAGUUAAAGAGACAUCUAACUGUUGUCUGGCCGAUGAAAAAAGGAGUGCGAAAAGUGCGCGAGAAAAAUCACCGAAACCGAAUUGCAAGGAGGAGGGAAAAGUGUGUAUGGUUCGGAUUUCGAGUUGAAAAGCGAAUAAUUUAUGCAAUUUUCAAAGGCAAACAGAAAUUAAGCGUCUGUCUGCCAUGCCAGUGAAUGUGUGUGUGCGUGUCCCGUGUCUGUGAGUGUAUAACAAAAGCAACAACAACUACAGGAGAGGCAAAGGACAGGAUCAACGGUGCCGCGCCGCUCGGGGUAGUUUGUUUGAACAACACAGACCAGCCAAACCAGGAGGCGGACGGAGAGUGGGAGGAAAAGCAGGAGCAGGAGUUGAGGGCUGGCUGGGAGAGCGUGGAGCACUCACACGGGCACACACUCCUUUGUGCGCUUUUGCCGCCUGGAAUGCAAUGCUACAACAACAACCACAGGAUGGUCUGAAGGGGAGGAAACGCUUAAUUGUUUGCAGCAGCAGCGGCAGCAUCCCGAAAUCGCAAACAAACGACUGCAUUUACGGCUCCGUGGGAUACUUUUUUGUGUGCUGAAAGCAGAUGCACGCCGACUGCUUGGAGAGAGGAGAGUGCAUUAUCCCCCGCUCAUCACUUGGCUUUUCCAAUCAAAAUGAAACAAAAGUAAUCGAAUGAAUAACAUACAUACAUCUAGAAGGAAACCAGUCAAUCCGAGCGAAUAACUGAACGAAUAACGAAAUCCGAAAUUCGAAAUUCGAAAUUCGAUCGACCCUAACCAUAUCGAGAGCAAGUCACAUAAAACUAAGGAAAAAUGGAUCUAAGUCUGGAACGCGAUAGCUCUGCUCUGGGGAGUCUUUUCCAACAGAUUAUCAAUGACAUGAAGAACACCUCUCCACUAUGGGAUGAUUUCGUGGCAAAGGCCAGCAAAUUGCACACAUGCUUGAGGGCUGCCAUACAGGCAAUCGCCGCCUAUUUGGAUGCCUUCCAGAAGAUAGCCGAUGCGGCCACCAAUUCCAGAGGCGCCUCCAAGGAAAUUGGCACCGCCCUGACCCGGGUCUGUCUGCGCCACAAGGCAGUGGAGACCCGCUUGAAGACCUUCACCAGCGCCAUUAUGGACUGUCUGGUGCAGCCGCUUCAGGACAAGAUCGAGGACUGGAAACGCACCGUGGCCACCAUCGACAAGGACCAUGCCAAAGAAUACAAGCGCUGCCGGAGUGAGCUGAAGAAGCGGUCCAGCGACACGCUGCGGCUCCAGAAGAAGGCCCGCAAGGGCCAGACCGACGGCCUCCAGUCGCUGAUGGACUCGCACAUGCAGGACGUGACCCUGCGCCGGGCCGAGCUGGAGGAGGUGGAGAAGCGUUCGCUGCGAGCGGCCAUGGUGGAGGAGCGGCUGCGCUACUGCAGCUUCGUCCACAUGCUGCAGCCGGUGGUGCACGAGGAGUGCGAGGUGAUGUCCGAGCUGGGACAUCUGCAGGAGGCCAUGCAGUCCAUUGCUCUGGUCACCAAGGAGCCCAGUGUCCUGCCGCAGGCCUCCGAGGAGCUCAUCCACGAUGCCAAGGCCAGCAUCAAUCUCUAUCCGGAGUCGCCGGGCGGCGGAUCCGGCUCCCAGGGCGGCGGCUGCUCCAACUCUCUGGGAUCCAGGAAGAGCUCUGUCUGCUCCAUCAGCAGCAUGAACAGCAGCGGCUCCAGCAACUCUCCGGGCCAUCAUCACUAUCCGCGCUCCCUGUCGCAGUUUGUAACGCCCGCAAUUCGCUUGAAACCUGGUGAAUCCAGUGAUAGUGGCUUUUGCUCAUCGCCAGCUCUAACAACACAGGUCUCGAACGCAACGAACCAGACGGCAAAUGUGUCGACAUGGCCGCCACAUUCCCAGGACGUGGUGGACACCCUCCCGCCCACGGCCGACCGACCGCACACCAUUUCCACGGCAUACGAGAAGGGUCACCAGCGCCCGCCACUGACUGUGUACACGUUCCAGAACCCAGAGACCAUCCACGAGUCCGGGAGCGGCAACGGGAUCAACAAUGGGUCGGUGGCCCCAUCCAACGGACAGCCAUCGUCGGGCCAGACCACACCGGCCACCCAGAAGUCUCCGGCCGCAUCGCUCAGUCGUCCGCCUCUGCCAGUCAAGCCGGCCCAUGUGCGCUGCUCGUCGCUGGAGCGUCCGCUGUCGGCGCAGAGCAACCACCGUCAGGGCAGUGGAAGCGGCGGCCUGCUGCAGCGUCAGUGCCCCUCACCGAUACCGGCUCAUAUCACGAAAGAGCUGUCCGCAGCACAUCAUGCACAGCAGCAGCAGCAGCUCCAGCAGCAGCAGAGUCCGCCCACAUACGUUAACAUGUCCGAACUGGCCAACAUGGCGUCCUUGAAGCUCACUAACCACCAGCAGCAGCAGCAACAGCAGCAGCAGCAGCAGCAGCAGCAGAAGCCCACGCCACCGCCUCUGCAGCAGCAGAGCUCCAUUGAUUCGAUCUGCUCGCAGCAUUCCAACGACUCCUCGGGCUCCCAUCAGCUUCUACAGCAGCAGCAGCAGCAGCAAGCGCCUCACGCUGCCCAGCACCAUGCCACACGCUCCCAUUCCAUAUCCUCGACGGCCUCGUCGCUGCACUCGCAUCCAUCGAUCGACUCGACGGUCGCUUGCGGCUCCCUCGUGGGCCAGCACACCCACAGCACCAGCACCAACACGAACACCACCUCGCCGUCCAGUGGCAGCUCCACGCCCCAGAACCAUUACUCGCCCCUGUUAACCAACUCACCCACGUCCACUGCCGCAGGUACGCCCAGUGGAAGCAGCAUCAGCACGGGCACGGGUACCGGCGCCGGACUGGGAUUCGUCUACCAGGUCAGCUCGCCCACGCCGCCGACGAGCGAGGUGCAGGUGCAGGUGCUCAAGAUCAGCGAGCAGGCGGGAUCGCAGCCGCCGGCCAGUGCCGAGGACACGGACGAACGGUCGCGUGCCUCCGUCCUGCAGAAGGCCUCCAUGUUCGAGAAGCAGGCGGCAGCCGUAGCAGCAGCGGCCGGUAGUGUGUCGCCUCCUGUUCCGGCCACGGGUCCAUCCCCUGCAGCAGCCGCCCCCAGUGCAGGGGGACCGAAGCGGUCCGAGGCCGAGCAGCAGGAAAUGGACAAAUCUUUCGAAGACUCAAUCAAAGCAUUAAAUAAUUUAAUUGGCGAACUAGACUCGUUUCAACGUGAGAUUGAUGAGGGCAAGGGCAAGCAGAACAGCAACAGCAACAGCAGCAACAACAACCUGACAACGAGUAGCAGCAGCAGCGAGAACAACAACCUGCCCGCCGCCUGCAUCGGCAGCACCGCCAGCACCACCAACAUCGAUUUGUGCGGCAUCAGCAACCAGACCAACUCCAGCGGCUGCGGCACGGACAUGUCGGACACCACCUCCGAGGAGCUGGCCGGAGAAGAGGGGGGCCACCUGAUGGACCCCACGCUGGCGGAGGCCAGGCGGCGAGAACGAGAGCUUCUGGGCGCCAGCGAUUCGGAGCUGAGUCGCUGCUAUGUGAGCGAGACGAGUUCGCUGACCGGCGGCCUGACAGCGGGCGGCUACGAGAACCCCACGUUCGCCCACUUUGUGGCGAGUGCGAGCCGCGACGACCCCUACAACGGGGGGUCGGGCAGCGAGGGGCGCUCCCUAUAUGCGCCCGCCUCCGUGUCCGUGUCCGCGGACAGCAUCUCGCUGGCCGCCUCCGACAGCAUCUGCCUGUCGGGGCAGCCGCGGCACGCCUACGUGGACACCUGCAGCGACAGCGGCAGCGCCGUCGUGGUGAUCUACGACCACCAGAUCCCCAACACCCCGGACAUUGAGUUCGUCAAGCAGAACUCGGAGAUAGUCCUGCUGCGCACCAAGGACCCCCAGGUGCAGUCGCAGCUGCAGCUCCACGAGAUGCGCGAGCUGCAGCAGCUGCCCUCGAAUCUAGUCGGAUCCCCGGACUCGCCGGACUCGGGCAGUGGCAAGGCGCCCCCGCCGGCAACAGCAACUGUGGCGCCCGCCAAGCAGCGACUCUCCUCGUUUCGCGCCUCCAGCGAGCAGCAGCUGCAGCUGCUCGGACGCGGCAGUCCGCAAAGAGGUAAAGCAAACCACGUCGAUCAGCCGCCCCAGCAGCAGCAGCCGGCACAAGGGACAGUCAGUGAUAACGGUAGCCUCCCAGUAGAGCCUCCUGUGAUGCGGCGACAGCUGCCCCCAAAGCCCACCAGCCUCUCCCUGAGCCUUUUCAAUGGUACAGGUACAGGUACGGGGUCGGGUUCGGGUACGGGUACGGGUACGGGUUCGAAUCAGCCUCCCAGUGUGGCCGACAAGCCAUUGAUACCCCGAAAGUCAGACUUUAAGGCCGACUUAGAUGCCAAAAUACGCAGGCAGAAGCAGAAGGUUCAACAGCAAUUACAGCAGCAGCAACAGCAACAGCAGAAGCAGCAACAAACGCCACAGCAGCCACUGCAACAUCAGCAGCAGCAACAACAACACUCACCACAGUCGCACCAAACCAGAAACUGUAAUGUCACUAAUGGCCCAGCAGCAGCCGUUGUUAUUGCAUCCGCAUCAGAUCCAAUCUUAAGCCCGCAUCCAUACCAAAACCAAAAACACAACCAAAAUCAUAGAAUGCCAAGCCAAAAUCAGACAACAGCAACAUCCAAUCAUAAGCAAUACCAGACGCCCCAAGCAGCUGCGACAGCAACAUCAAAAACAUCAGCAUCUCCUCCAUCUGCAACAAUAGCUAACCCAGCAUUAUCAUCAUUGUCACCUCGCGGCGGUCUGCCACAGCCAUCAUCAUCAUCGUCAUCGUCAUCGUCAUCAUUACCAUCAUCUGCAUCUGCAUCCACAAACUCCACAUCGACAAACGCUCUUGCUCCGUUGCCCGUUGCCACUGCCACUGCCCCCUGCAGACCACCACCAUCAGCGCCACCACCCGCCCAUCCAUAUGUGUGCUCCUCGAAUGCCGCCAACCCCCAAGCCAACCAUCAAGCCAAUACGAAUACGAAUUCCACUGCCAAUGCCAAUGCCAAUGCCAGUCUCAAGCCAGGCAUUACGCCCAGGCCGGCCUCGUUGUCGGGAGGAGCAGGAGGAGCAUUAGGAGGAGCAGGUGGCUCAACGCGGAUCGCACGUCGUUCGUCCAUCAAUCAGGCCAAGCCACCGCCGCCAGUGCGACGCAGCUCCUCGGUGACACCCAGUCCCAAUGCUUCGGUGGGGCACGCGUCGCAUCUGCAGCUGCAACAUAACACGCCGCUAAGCAGCUCCAGCGAGCAUCUACCACCGCCGCCAGCCUUUAUGCUGGAGUCCAUGUCCAGCGGUCCUCCAGUGGCCAUGCCGAGCUCCGCUCUUAAGGUGUCGGAGACGGUGCGAGCCCUGGCAGCCAUGCGGCAUCAGCCGGCAUCGCCUGGCACGCUAAGACGUAUACAGCAGCAGCAGCAGCAACAACAUCAGCAACAACCACAGCAACAACAAUAUCAACCCCCACUGCAGUCAGUGCACAACUCCCCCAUGAACGACGACCCGAGCUAUGAGGCCUACUAUGACUCCUAUAUGGAUCUGCAGGCCUAUGCUCAUGCCUUGGCCAAUGGCCAACAGCAGCAGCCGGGCCAGCAGAUGCCACCACCCCUGCCACCGCCCAACCAGCAACGCUUUAAUCAUCAACAGCAACAGCAGCAAUAUCAUCCACAGCAAUGCUAUCCACAGCAGCAACAGCAGCAGCAACAUGUGGCACAAAAGCCGCCAACGCCACCUGUCUACCACGCCCCACCAGCACCACCGCCUACAGCGGAUGCCACGUUCCGCACCUCGUCACCGGCCGCAGGCGGAGGAGGCGGUGGGGGCAUCUAUGCCCAACCCAAGCUGGUCAACAGCAUGUCCAGCUUCCGCACCAGCAGCCCAAGUCCCAAUGGGCAUGGGCAUGGGCAUGCGCACCCACUGCCACCGACACAGCCCAAGGCGAAUCCGAAUCUUAUUGCACAGCUGAAUGCACGACUCAACAGCAAGCAGCAGCAGCAGCAUCAUCAACAGCAGCAUGCUUCCGACGGCAUCUACGGCAACCAGCACCAACUUGGAGGCGAGUCGAUCUACACGCGGAGCGGCCUGUCCAUGUCCCAGCCGCAACAGCAGCAACACUAUGACGCAGCUGCCCCAAUCUUGAGCAUGCGACAGGCUCAGCAGCAGCAGCAGCAGUACCAACAUCUGCAGCAGCAGCAUUACACGUGCCCGCCUCCACUGGAGGAUCCGCCACCGCCACCCAUUUACAAUGCCGGAGCAUCGGCCACGAUGCCCAAGAAGAUGGCACGCCCCCAUGCUGGCCAGAGUGCGGCCUCUCAGUUGAGUGCCUAUGCAGCAGGUUCGGCCACGGCUACGCUCCCAAAAAACAUGAUGCAGCAGCAGCAACGUUUACAGCAGCAGCAGCAGCAGCAGCAUCAGCAAUACCAACAGCCGGCAGGCAUGGGCAAUGGCAAUGGCCAUGUAAAUCAGCGUCCACAGUUGCCUCUUCCCCAGCAGCAGAUGCAGCAACAGCAGAAACUGAGAGCAGCUCAACAGCAACAUUUGGCGGAACAGCAGCAGCAGCAACAGCAGCGCCAGCCACCCAUACCGUCGCGGCACUCGAGUGUACAGCAAAAGAUAUUCGUGUCAACGAAUCCAUUCAUACAAACGACGGCCGUCAAGUUCCAUUCGCCCUCAGCCUCGCCCACUUGCGGCUCGCCCGUAACUGGAUCUGGGUCUGUAUCCUCGGCUAGUAUUUAUGCUACAACGGCGCGUGGCAAUCACCACCAUCAGCAGCAGCACCAGCAGCAAAUACAUCAUCCACAACAGCAGCAGCAUCAACAGCAACAGCAUUAUUAUCGCGAGGUUGCUGGGGGCAACAGCAAUGGCGGCGCUGCUUACUACAACCACAAUAAUGCCCAUGGCCAUGGCCACGCGAAUGCGAACGCCCAUGCCAAUGUCCAUGCCCACGCCCACAUGUCCCAUGCCCAGGCACAUCAUCCAAACUACGCCACAAGCACAAAUAUCGAAAAGACUGGCAGCAUUCGGGCCAAGACCAAGGCCGAGUUCCUCGAGAAUCUCAACGCGAAACUGGCCAAGCAGGGCAUGUCCGGCCGCGCAUUUGCCGUGCGAAAUCUCAUCAAUAGCAAGGCCCUGAUGUAUCAGAAUCCACAAAAUCUAUCGCGCCCCAGUGCUCAAUAUCGUAGACCUCCCACCUAUCCCAACACCACUACCACGACCAGCACAACCGCAACCACAACCACAGCCAUUGGCACUGGCACUGGCCACUGUGAUGAGCAGUGCUAAGCCGGACCCUCGCAUCUGUCACGAGUCGUUGAUGGAUCAGAUAAAACGCGGAGCCCCCUUGAAACGUAACCAGAAGAUCAACGAUCGCAGCGCUCCUAAAAUACACUAAAUUAACGCAUAGACCUAAGCAAAAGAAUAUUAUUUAUUACUAUUAUUAACAUAUGAAAUAAUCAAGAGGCCCCGAGGCCUGCUCGAUUGCAGGCUAUUGCAGAGUUUGGUUUGAAACUGAAAACUCGUACAUACAACAUGCAACCUAAACAAACACAUAUGAUUAUGGUACACUAUAUACAAUAUAUAAUGAUAUUUAACGAGCGUGUUAGGCCACACUCGCACUAAUCAACAACUCUCCCGAUUUCCCGUCUCCCAAAAAGCAUCCAAAAAGGAUUUAUUCUUUCGUUAAGUGAAUACGACAAAGAACAUGGAAGACAGUUGGUUAGCCCAUUCGUGUUUAUUUAUAAUUCAAUCUCGAAUUUACCUUUAAAUAUUAUAUUAUGUUUAUGUAUUUAUCAUAAUUUCCUUUCUUUAUGUACAUACAUAUAUCUGAAAAUGAUUUGAAAAACCAAUUGAAACUAAUCUGACGCCUAAUAAAUGGAAUAUAUCUUAUAUACAUA